CAUACGUCAGUUACGUUUGCGAUCUGGUCGUGAUCGGAAGGAUCGAUUUCACCGAAUGAAAGUGGUUCCAAUAGGAAACGUUCUUGUUUCUCCGCGCGACGAUUGACACGGUGAACUUUGGUGUCGGUUCGAACUUCAACCUUCGACGCGUUAUGAACCAUUGCUUUUGUUGAGUUUUAUCGUUGACCUGCACAAAUCAAAUUACUAUAGUUCUCGAUGGGUAGCCCACAAUCUAAGGAUGUUAGGAACGCACAGCGUGCCCACAGCAAAAUGAUCCAAAGCAGUAGUCAGUCAGUCUGCGACAACAAACCUUCGAGCAUGUCGAAUCUCGAGAGGGAUCAACUUGGCCAGAGGGGCACAGGAGAUUCUUUGUGUUCAAGCAUGAUCCGGGGUCUCGACCAUCUAAAGAACCCACAGUUGAACAAGGGAAUGGCCUUUACCAUUCAGGAGAGACAAACUCUGGGUAUACACGGUCUUUUGCCAGUAGCUGUGAAAACACAAGAUGAACAAUUAGAAUUAUGUCGUUUGAAUCUGGAUCGCUACACCGAUGAUCUCUCGAAAUACAUCUACCUCAUCGGCCUACUUGACAGAAACGAAAAGCUUUUCUACCGUUUGCUGGCUGACGACGUGGGCAAGAUGAUGCCCCUGGUGUACACACCUACGGUGGGUCUGGCCUGUCAGAAGUUUGGCCUAAUCUACCGCCGACCGCGCGGUAUGUUCAUAAGCAUAUACGACAAGGGUCACGUGUACGACGUUUUGAAAAAUUGGCCCGAGCACGACGUCCGAGCCAUCGUUGUCACCGAUGGUGAGAGAAUUCUUGGACUGGGGGAUUUGGGCGCUUAUGGAAUGGGAAUACCCGUUGGAAAAUUGUCUUUGUACACUGCGCUGGCGGGCAUCAAGCCUCACCAAUGCUUACCUAUAACCCUAGACGUUGGCACGAACACUCAGUCUUUGUUGGACGAUCCCCUAUACAUUGGUCACAGGCAUAAGCGUGUGAUUGGUGAAGAGUACGACGAAUUCUUGGACGAAUUUAUGACCGCUGUCAUUAAGCGAUACGGCCAGAAUACUUUGAUUCAGUUCGAAGACUUUGGAAACGCCAAUGCAUUCAGAUUGUUGAAUAAGUACCGCGAUCGCUAUUGUACCUUCAACGACGACAUCCAAGGAACUGCUGCUGUCGCCGUGGCUGGAUUAUUGGCAUCGCUCCGUGUCACGAACACGAAGCUUUCUCAAAAUAGAGUUGUUUUCCAGGGUGCUGGAGAGGCUUCGUUGGGUAUCGCGUGGUUGUGCGUUAUGGCGAUGAUGAAAGAAGGCGUCAGCUUAGAGGAAGCCAAGAGUAAGAUCUGGAUGGUCGACUCGAAGGGCUUGAUAGUGAAGAAUCGUCCAACGGGUGGAGUGACGGAGCAUAAAGAGAAAUUUGCUCGCGACGAUAAACCUAUAGACACUUUAUUGGAAGUGGUGAAGACAGCCAGACCUACUGUUCUCAUUGGCGCUGCUGCUGUUGGCGGUGCGUUCACGACUGAAAUACUGGAAGAAAUGGGCAAGAAUAACGAGAGGCCUGUCAUCUUUGCCCUCAGUAAUCCAACAAGCAAAGCAGAAUGCACUGCUGAAGAGGCAUACAAUGCCACACAGGGCAAAUGUGUAUUCGCCAGUGGAUCACCCUUCCCACCCGUAACAUACAAAGGCAAAACGUUCUACCCUGGUCAAGGUAACAACAGUUACAUCUUCCCUGGAAUCGCGUUAGGUGUCAUAUGCGCUGGCAUGCGUACAAUUCCUGAAGAAACAUUCCUCAUUUCUGCUAAAACAUUGGCUGGGAUGGUUUCGCAAAAUGACUUGGACGCGGGAAAUCUGUACCCUCCGUUGCAGGAUAUUCAGAAGUGUUCGUUGACGAUAGCCGUCGAGGUUAUGAAAUAUGCUUACGAGUGUGGCCUUGCAUCGGUUCAGCCAGAGCCUAAAAACUACAAGGAGUUCAUCAAAGCGCAGCUGUACGACACGGAUUACACGCCAUCGGUACCUCCAGUUUACGACUGGCCUCAAGUAUAAUUUUUUUUACUGUUACCGUCACAUACCAAGUUUCGAUAAAGUCCGUGUAUGUGGGUACACUCACAUGUGUCAAACAUGUAUUUAACAACGCUUUUUUUUUUUUAUUUGGCGUGGUAUCGUAAAGGCCUGUUGACCAGGCUCUCAUAUAUAGAUGACUAUAAGUCCUGUGCGGAUGUGUACAAGCAUGUGUGUUGCGUGUGGAUGUACGGAAAGCAUCUAUUUCGAGCUGGAAAGAUGUAUUUCAAAACUGUAUGAAUUACCGAUCGCUUUAAAUUAUUGGGAUGAAGUUUUACUUACUGGUUGAUAUAAUAAAUUUGCGACAAUUAUUUGAAAGAAA